AAAAUGUCUCAGAAGGAGCGACCUUACGGCCUGUCAAAGGUCGUGACCUUGGCCGUGCUGCCAAGACUGUACAUGGAGGAACUUGUCCUUGAACUUGGAAGACGAAACAUCACCGCCCAAAAUUCUUCAAAUCGGGAGGACCUCAUCAGUACCUUAGCUGACCUGAUUAUGCGAGAGUUCUGCGGUUUGACCGCAGAAAACAGCUCGAACAGCGAGGAACAACCCAGAACUAGUACAGAAGCUGACAGUAGGUCCUGCGAGAGCUCAGCAACACCCACAGAAGUAGUCUCAAAUUCAAACUCAAGAACCCAGAUGGUUGCAACAACAUCUAGCACAGCGUUAACUGUUUCCACAGUCCAAAAAAGGAAGCAGAGAGACAACGAGUUUGCUACAAGUUCUGGCGUUGCAAUGACAACUCCUUCGAAAGGAGAAAACUUGGAAGAACCGAGAGCGAAGAAACAACAAACAGAAAAGUACUGCUCUGCAACAGUCACAAGUACAGAGGAACCUCCCCAAGCUAACUUGUCCAGACAAUUGAGCCAAGGAAGCAAUGAAAAUGAAGGUCUGCAUCUAGAAAACAGUCCAUCAUCAGAUGUAGUCCUUAUUAAAGUUGAGCCAGCAUUGGAGAGAGAGAAUGUGGGACAAAACUCGUGGACAAAUUUCAGACAAACUACACAAGAUGUACAAGAGCAAGCAGAUGUGGGGAGUGGUGCGAGUGAUUAUCUAGUGAGGGUGGAGGAGGGGUUGGGGAGGAGGUAUGGGGAUGUGUAUGGGGGUUUAGGAAAUGCUGGAGAGGCUGUGACGGAGUGGUGUGUGGAGGAGAAUGUGGUCGUGGAUGCAGGAGUUUCCAUGGAGAUGGACCAAAGUCUGCUGAAUCAGCAACAGCAAGAGAUGGAGAUGCCAGAAGCAAGCUGCAGUACCCGCAAGCUCCACAGGUGUCCCCACUGCAACUACGCCACCACCUGGUCCUCAGUCCUAACCCGGCACCUCAGAACUCAUACGGGGGAAAAACCCUUCAAAUGCCCAGACUGCGACUAUUCUGCAUCGCAGAAAGGCACCCUGGACAGACACAUGGCUGUACAUAAUGGCGAACGACCCUUCGUUUGCUCGGAGUGUGGCUACAGGGCGAUCGACAAGUCCAGGCUGACGAGACAUUUUAAGACUCACAGUCAGAAUAAGCUGUAUGUUUGUGAUCUGUGUGGGUUCAGCACCCAGGAUGGGGUGCCAGUUCAUAGCCCAUGAAGCAACCCACGUACCACAUGUACAAAAUGUACACCCAGCUAGUAGUAACCCAUGUUAGAAAAUAUGUCAAGACUGAGCAGACACUUUACCGUUAAGACUCAUAGUCAGAAUAAGCUGUAUGUGUGUGAUUUGUGUGGGUUCAGCACCCAGGAUGGGAGCCAGUUCAUAGCCCAUGAGGCAACCCAUGUACCACAUGUACACCCAACGAGUAACCCAUGUUAGAAAACUCUAGACCGUUUAAGACCAUAGUCAGAAUAAGCUGUAUGUGUGUGAUCUGUGUUGGUUUAGCACCCAUGAUGGUAGCCAGUUCGUAACCCAUGAGGCGGCCCACACACCACAUGUACACCCAGGUAGUAACCCAUGUUGAGAAAGCAUAAGCUUCGGCUUGAGUAUGUCGCCAUCUUUUCUCUUUUGUUAUUAAAUGUUGUAAUAAAAAAAGAAAAUGAAACGAGUUAUUCAGAGAA